GAAACAGCUUUACCACCCAGAGACUUGACUGUGCGCCACGUCCAGGGUCCAACCGGUGUUUAAUUAUUGACUAGAGGGAUACACAACAAAACUUCUGUUCAGCGCUGACCUGAGUUGAACAUGAGCUCCCGUCUGGACCUCGUCGGUACCGGGCUGAGUCGUGUUUACUUGCAGCAGGAGUGAGGCGCACUGUAGUGACAGCUGGUGUGGGGACGCGAUGUUGUUCUGGCAGCCCUACACCGAAAACUUCCGAGCCCCCGUACAGAGGCACGGCGGCAGCACUUACACACGAGAUGUUUUAUAGAUGCAUUAUAGUUUCUGGAGGCACCGCGCGGCUACAGUUGGACACAAUGACGGCAGCUCGGAGGUCUCUGAUUGGCUAAUCUCCUUGCGCUGGGCACAAGAGGCGCCCUCUGAUUGGCUGAUCGCCCUCCUGGCAUCCUUCCUGAGGCUGGCGGUGGCAGCCCCGCAGGCUUCACAGACCGACAGUCUGUACGUUGUGGGAGCCAUGUUGAUGCCUGGUUUUGUGUCAGUCGCUUCACUUUGGAUGGUUAGAGGACUGCGUCUCAGGAACUGGGAGCUUUAGCGGUGAUUCCUGCACCGCGAUGAAAAGAGGAGAUCGGGCUGGGACGGUUCAAGGAGCGCCAGAAGAGAGCAGCUCUUAGGUUACAGUACGCUACACAGUUGAUUCAGACCCAGUGAAGUUGAUGCUAGUUAGCCUGAUAGCUAGCUAGCAACAGCUGUGCGGACGCUGCGUGGGAUGCGGCGUGUGGACUGAAACCAUCUUCUCUGCUUGUUGCAUUUUGUUGAGCUAACCUUAGAUAGCCUGCCUGAAGACUGCGUGCCGACAGAGGGUAACAGCGGCGAAGCUGAAUUCAUGCUAGCCUGCUUAAGUUGCCUUUGUGAAGCUAGCUAGCUGUUAGCUAAUGUUAGCAUGCUGACAGUCAGCUCGCAUCUUCAGUCACGACUAACAUAUUCUAGCUGAGUGGAUCCUAACUCAUCGUUACUUUCAGCCUCUCUGCCAGUUGCGGUUGCGUGUGUUACGUGACAAAAGCCCCCGAAAACCCCGAGUGGAGAUAUGGCAAUACACCCAGUCUCUGUGGAAAGCUACCAGUUCGCCUGCCCAGCUUGCCAGGGAGCGGCUAACGGGCUAGCAGCAUAACUUUCCUCUCACGGCGUCACUCAGAAGCUGCAUAGCCCACUUCCUCGCUAGCCGACGUCUCGUACCUGAAGCAAGCUGGCGUCCCUCCGAGUAGAAGCCGAGGACAAGGAGCUGGGGCCGAUGGCCUGGGUGCUGAAGAUGGACGACGCCACCAUCGAGUCGGGGCUGGUGCACGACUUCGAUGCCAGCCUGUCCGGCAUCGGGCAGGAGCUGGGGGCUGGAGCCUACAGCAUGAGCGAUGUGCUGGCUCUGCCAAUCUUUAAGCAGGAGGACUCCAGCCUUCCUACCGAAAACGAGACCAAAAAUCCCCCAUUCCAGUAUGUGCUGUGCGCCGCCACCUCGCCUGCUGUCAAGCUGCAUGACGAAACGCUCACAUACCUAAACCAAGGCCAGUCUUACGAGGUGCGUAUGUUGGACAACAGGAAGGCAGGGGAGUUACCAGAGCUCAACAACAAGAUGGUGAAGAGCAUAGUGCGAGUGGUGUUUCAUGACCGCCGGCUGCAAUACACAGAGCACCAGCAGCUGGAGGGCUGGAAGUGGAAUCGUCCUGGCGACCGUCUCCUUGACAUCGAUAUCCCCAUGUCAGUGGGCAUUGUGGAGCCGAAGACUCACCCCUCCCAGCUCAACGCUGCAGAGUUCCUGUGGGACAUGAACAAAAGGACUUCUGUUUUUGUGCAGGUGCACUGCAUCAGCACAGAGUUCACCCCCAGGAAACAUGGUGGAGAGAAGGGUGUCCCCUUCAGGAUCCAGAUCGACACGUUCGCCCAGGGAGACAGUGGAGAGUACACAGAGCACCUCCACUCUGCCUCCUGCCAAAUCAAAGUCUUUAAGCCAAAGGGGGCGGACCGCAAGCAAAAGACGGACAGGGAGAAGAUGGAGAAACGCACAGCUCAAGAGAAGGAAAAGUACCAGCCCUCUUAUGAUACCACUAUCCUGUCAGAGACGAGGCUUGAACCCAUCAUAGAGGAUGCGGGUGACCACGAGCUGAAAAAGUCCAGCAAGCGGACACUUCCCGCUGACUGUGGCGACUCCUUGGCCAAGAGAGGCAGUUGCUCCCCAUGGCCAGACAACGCCUACGUCAGCACCAACCAGGCAGCUACUCCCUCCUUCGCCUCCACCCCACUGUCCACCUACACGACCUCCUCAGUACCGGACAGUGACUCGUCCUCUCCCAAUCACCAGGCAGACCCUGGCAGCCAUGGCAACUUGGAGCAGCUGAGCCCCACUGCAUCCAUACAGGACGCACAGAAGUGGCUGCUGAAAAAUCGCUUCAGCUCCUACACACGACUCUUCUCUCACUUCUCAGGUUCUGAUUUGUUGAAGCUAACCCGGGACGACCUGGUCCAGAUUUGUGGGCCAGCAGAUGGGAUCAGACUCUUCAAUGCACUUAAAUCCAGGUCAGUGUGUCCCAGGUUGACAGUGUAUGUCUGUCAGGAGUCCCCUCGGGAGAGCCCCCUGCUGGAGAGACACUGCUCCAAUGAAAAUGGAGAGCACAGCGUCUCCUCUAGUUUACGAGUGUACCACGCUCUGUACCUAGAGGAGCUGACAGCUGCAGAAUUGAUCCGCAAGAUGGCGUGUGUGUGCAGCCUUCCACUGGGAAAAAUCAACCAGGUGUACAGACAGGGUCCUACAGGCAUACACAUCCUGCUUAGUGACCAGAUGGUUUACAACUUGCCUGACGAAAGCUGUUUUUUGAUCAGCACCGUCAAAGAUGAACUGGGCGAAGGACUCCAUCUCAUCCUGAAGUAGUGAUGAGGACAGAUGGCAUCACUAAUACUCCACCCUCUGUUUUGGAGCAGAAGCCUCCCUCUGUCCCUCUCUGCCUGCCUCUACUCUUUCCUUCUACUUCCUCCCUCUCUCCCUCUAAACAAUCGCUUCGACCGAAAGCAGAGAGACUGCGUUAAAGCCAUGUAAAUGUUAGAAUCUGACAUGGGUGUGUCCACUGUUUCAUAUUGAAAACAUUAUUAACGGAGGAGAGUAGUUAAAAGAGGAGAGACCGGGUGGGGGUAACGGAGUUAGGGGGAAAUAUAAUGAUCUUCUAUGUAUUUUGAUUUGAUUUGAUUUUUUUGUCUUUUUGUAUGGUUUUUGUGUGGAGAAGGGAAGGGGGGAGGCUCCAGGAGAGAGGGGAGAGUGAUGAUCUGGCCGACAGGAGAAGGAAAGAAAGCAGAGUUUCCUUAUUGCUCGUUGCCCUUCCUACACAACGCGCACAACCAGCACUAGGCCAGUAUUUGAUAACCUGUACUGCUGAACAGCAUGCGAACUCAACAUACUAACUUGCUUAUAGGAGAAACCCAACUUACUCUGCUUGUUUAACAUUCUCCUCGGGGCGGUUUACGCCGCUUAAUAAACCAUUUAUUGAUCAGCUGAGCUUGGUAACCCCUGAAAUAUCCAGGAUAAAUUUGUGGAAGUGUUUGUGGAUGUUAACGCAAACAUUCAAAAGAAUUUUUUUUUCCUUGGACUUUGUCAAAUGGAUAGGUUUCAUUGACUGUAGUCACAUAUUCAUCCAUGUGAUUUUAGACUUCCAGCCAUAUCUCUCUGUCCAUUGAAAUGUCACACUCAGCUCAACCCUCUUAACAUACGUCCUGUUUGGCCUGCGCUUUUACUCAUUUUAGUUGAUGCUUUAUUUAUGGAUAAGCUGUUUCUAUUGCUCUCAUUGACUUGUUUCUGGUGCCAUAUAGGCUUUUUAGCUCAAUCUUUUACUCGCAUUCAUACACACACAGAGCACAUAACACCUCCUCUUUCACUCCUCUGCUUUCUGUGCUGAUUUAGAAACACUGGUUUAGAGGAGUGGGGUUUACGCCUCCAGGGAUUUUGGCCAUAAAUGUAUAGAAAUAAGAGGAACAACCCUCGGUAGAAGACUGACAUGCGGAGCAGUAACGCCUAUCCAAAAACCUAUUAUAAUGUGGACCAAACAGGUUUCAGAUUGGUUGGCGUUUUUUUUUUUCCCCUUUGAGGAAAAGCCUCACUAGAAGCAUUAAAAGAAUUGGUCAGAAGGUGAAUAAAACCCUCAUCUAGUGGAGCGGCUUGUGCGCUGCAUGUUCGGAGUAAUAAACCCUCCAUUCCAGGAUCUGCUCUGCAAGAAGCAACCCGUCACUUGGCAGCCUGGUAGAAAUGCAGCAGUCCUGCAGCCUGGUUUUGAUAGUCUUAUCCUGUAGACUGGAAAAUCCCGACAGCUCCACAUCCAUCUUCAGAAUCUUGUGUUUUUAAUGUAGCUGAACACAGGAAGUACAGGUCAUGUGUUUUGAGUGCCCUUACUUUGAAAAGUGACACAAAGGAAACCUCACACAGGUCGGGGAGUAGCAGGGAGGCACCGUUGGUUUAGUUGAAACCCCCCCCCCCCCCCUAUUUUUGGUACACGAUGUCUGGCAGUGUCGAAGUGCAUACAGAAGUGCACGCCUCUAAGUGUCAGAAUGUGUGUUUGUGUGUGUGCAUGUGUGUCAUUUUUUUGUUCUUACAAAGAAAACUUAUGUCCGUAGUUGUCAUAAUUUUUUUUUUCCUGUUGGUAUAAUGAUACCGUGUUUAGCUUGCUGUUUAGUAAAGAGCAUGUGGAAGACAGUGAAGGGAGGGAAGGAUAGUUUGGUCUUUGCUGAGUGUUUAACCCCUCCUUCUUUUUCCAGAUGUUAGAGACCAAGCCUGCACUGAAAAAUCACAAAACUAAAGCUUGAUGUGUAGUCAGUAGUCCUACAACCACACCCUCUUCUUAUCCACCUAAUGGGAAAGAGAACAAAAAAAAAAAAAAAAGAUUGUCGAGAC